GACGCCCCUCAAAAGCUUCCAAGUUUAGCCUUCCCGGUCCAAUCUACCACCACCAUAAGGUUCAGCGGCCAGCGCGCAGGUGUAGAGUGAGCGGGCGCGCCGCAGUGCACGCCGGGAGUCGUUGUGGCGCGACGCGAAGAGGCGCGCUCUCUGCCCCGCCCCCCCACAGCUCUUCUCCGCGUUUCUCAGGAGCGACCCUCAUCCCCGGACGUGGGGCACAGACCUUCCCGGCUUGCAUCUCGCCCGGUCGGCCGGCCAAGAAAGUCAGCUCUCGGGACUAGAUGACUGAGGCCUAGCGGGGUCCAGAGAGCGAAGGUUGGACUAGAUGGCCUCCCUCCCUCGGGCUGGCCCCGCCCCCGCCCCCUGAGCUGCUGGGAGUUGUAGUUCAUGAGCCGUCUCGAGUUUCUCAGUCCUUGGUCCGCCUCCCGCAAUGCUCUACGCCUCAGGCCGCCUCUUAGCCGCCCGGGCGGCCACCACACUUUCCGCCCCGCCCAGAGCCCGGGGCCCGGCGCUCCGCGGCAAACGGAGGGAACUACAAAUCCCAUGGCACCUCGAGACGCCCUCUUAUGACCCCUUGACGGGGCAGCGGACAAGACCCGGCGUGCCUCCGGCCCGGAGGGUGAUCCUUAGGAAGGGGAGGAUGCCGCCGGCCAUAGGCGGUGGCCUAGCGGGCUCCGAGCUGCGUCCCCGUAGAGGCCGCUGUGUGCCGCAGGCUGCCAGAGCCGUGAGCCGAGACGUGGUCCCCCAGGCUGCAGCACGGAAACUUAAACGGCCUGCUUGGAGCUCGCGGCGCUUCCAGGCGGCAGGGUGGUGGGCCACGCUGGCUGUGGUGACGCUGCUGUCCUUUGCCACCCGCUUUCACCGGCUGGACCAGCCGGCUCACAUCUGUUGGGAUGAGACUCACUUUGGAAAAAUGGGAAGUUACUAUAUUAACCGCACCUUUUUCUUUGAUGUGCAUCCACCACUGGGAAAGAUGCUGAUCGGUCUUGCUGGCUACCUGAGCGGAUAUGAUGGUACCUUUCUGUUCCAGAAGCCUGGGGACAGAUACGAGCACCACAGCUACAUGGGAAUGAGAGGAUUCUGUGCUUUCCUGGGUUCCUGGCUGAUCCCCUUUGCCUACCUCACCGUACUGGAUCUGUCCAAGUCCUUCCCAGCAGCACUGCUCACCGCCGCCCUUCUCACCUUUGACACAGGAUGCCUCACUCUGUCCCAGUACAUCCUCCUUGACCCCAUCCUGAUGUUCUUCAUCAUGGCGGCCAUGCUGAGCAUGGUCAAGUACAACUCCUGUGCUAACAGGCCUUUCUCUGCCCCCUGGUGGUUCUGGCUCAGCCUGACUGGCAUUAGUCUCGCUGGUGCUUUAGGGGUCAAAUUUGUUGGCCUCUUUAUCAUCGUGCAAGUGGGGUUGAACACUAUUUCAGACCUCUGGCACCUGUUUGGAGACCUCAGCCUUUCACUGGUGACUGUGGGGAAGCACCUAACUGCUCGCAUCCUGUGCCUCAUAGUGCUGCCUUUGGUGCUCUAUGUGACCAUUUUUGCUGUUCAUGUCAUGGUGCUGAAUAAAAGUGGUCCUGGUGAUGGCUUCUUCAGUUCUGCCUUUCAAGCCCGGCUUUCAGGGAACAGCCUUCACAAUGCUUCUAUCCCUGAACACCUGGCGUAUGGCUCUGUAAUCACUGUGAAGAAUCUCCGGAUGGCCAUUGGCUACCUGCACUCUCAUAGGCACCUCUACCCUGAGGGCAUUGGUGCUCGCCAGCAGCAGGUUACCACCUAUUUGCAUAAGGACUACAACAACUUGUGGAUUAUCAAGAAGUAUAAUGCCAACACAGAUCCCCUAGACCCUUCAUUCCCAGUGGAGUUUGUCAGACAUGGAGACAUCAUACGACUAGAACACAAAGAAACUACUCGGAACCUGCACAGUCAUUAUCAUGAGGCUCCCCUGACCCGGAAGCACUAUCAGGUCACUGGCUAUGGCAUAAAUGGGACAGGGGACUCAAAUGACUUCUGGCGGAUUGAAGUUGUAAAUAGAAAAUUUGGGAACCGGAUCAAGGUACUGAGAAGUCGAUUUCGCCUCAUCCAUUUGGUCACAGGUUGUGUCCUGGGAUCGUCAGGAAAGAUUCUGCCUAAGUGGGGCUGGGAGCAGUUGGAAGUUACCUGUACUCCGUACCUAAAAGAAACCACUAACUCCAUUUGGAACAUAGAAGAACAUAUCAAUCCCAAACUGCCAAACAUCAGCCUGGAUGUGCUGCAGCCCAGUUUUCCUGAGAUCUUGCUGGAGUCUCACAUGGUCAUGAUCCGGGGAAAUAAUGGCCUCAAACCCAAGGACAAUGAGUUCACAUCCAAGCCCUGGCACUGGCCUAUCAAUUAUCAGGGCCUGCGUUUCUCAGGGGCCAAUGACACGGACUUCCGAGUCUAUCUGCUCGGCAACCCUGUGGUCUGGUGGCUGAAUCUGGUGAGCAUUGUCCUCUACCUCCUCUCGGGGAGCACCAUUGCUGUCGCUAUGCAGAGAGGGAUACAACUGCCUGCAGAGUUGCAAGGGCUGACCAAGGUGCUGCUGCGAGGAGGUGGCCAGCUGCUCCUGGGAUGGAUGCUCCAUUACUUCCCUUUCUUCCUGAUGGGCCGGAUCCUCUACUUCCACCACUACUUCCCAGCCAUGCUCUUUUCCAGCAUGUUGACAGGUAUCCUAUGGGAUACUCUCCUUCGGCUCUGUGCCUGGGGCUUGGCCCCUUCUCCCCUGGGUAGGAGGAUACAUUCGGUGGGAAUCCUGAGCCUGCUUCUGACAACUGCCUACAGCUUCUACCUCUUCCACCCUCUGGCUUAUGGGAUGGUUGGUCCCCUAGCCCAGGAACCUGAGAGUCCAAUGGCAGGACUGAGGUGGCUGGAAUCAUGGGACUUUUGAGGCCACUGCCAGGACCCCAGCCUGGAUCCGGGUUUUAUCCAGGGACACCCAGCUAUGAAGCCAGAUUCUGGACCCUUCCAGCUCCAAGGGAGCUGCCUGAGGAACCCAAAACAUUCUGCUGCCCCCAGGACCAAACUCUGGGAAAUAGUCCUGGACUUAACUAAAUACUAAAAAGAGCCACAGCCCUGUCUACAGCACCUGCACGGGGCACUUGACCUACAGCACUUCUCGGUGCCAGUUCCUGUGAAGCACAAGGAAAGCAGGCAUGCGUGUCAGAGGGUACAUAUGCCCAGUCCCUUUGGAGUGUGUAGACCAUGUAACUGUGGCAGCCAAGUGUCAUAAAUUCCAAGAAAUGGUCCAAGGUUAACAGGAUAUUCUCUGGUAUCUUUUCACAUUGGAUUUGGUUUCAUUUAGGUUUAUAAGAUCCAUAAGAAAAAUUUCUAAUCUUUAGGAGGGUUGAGAGUGCCGUCCCACCCCUCAUGGUGUUACAGAGGUACAACAGGUAGGACCAUUAAACCUUUGCUGCCCUUCUUCUCACAUACUUCCAGUGAGGCUAGCCAAUCACCCUGAGCUUCGGGGGGCUGGUCUUCUGCUACUGCCCACAGUGUCUUCUAUGGAUACAGUGCUGUCUGGAGUGUGUACAGUGCACUGGGUGCCAGAACAAGCUGGCAGAGAACUUGUCAGCCUAUGGUUGGCCUUCCUUAGGUUUUUGGUCCCUGUUCUGUGAACUGGGUGAGUGGAACACACACCUUGGCUAUGCACCCAGUGUCUGUUUCUCACUGUCCGUCCCCUUUUCUCUGCAUCUGCCUGGCUCUGAGGACCAAGCCCUGCUGGCUUACAGAGCCACUGAGUCAGAGCAAAGACCUGUGGGGCUAAGCAUCUACUGAGAUGCUGAGGUGGGUAAGGGGUGCUCAACCUGACGGGCUCGUGCUUGCGUUUCUUGCUUGGCAAUCCUGUCUUCACACUUCCAGCCCUCCCUGAUAAUGCCCUCUUUUGCUUUCUGGUCAUUUCCCUAACUUUAUGGCACCACCUUAUCAUGUCUUUUCCCCCAAAACCCAGAGCACCUGAACAUGCAUGACAGCUUUUACUGUCUACCACUUAAGCUCAGAGCUGUUCCUUCAAUUUCCUUGCCCAUAGGGAGUAAAAAUUUUGUCAGAACUAAAUCAACCCAAGUCCAGUCCUUUAGUCUGCAUCCUUCCUUUCAGUUCAAAACAAAAUAUUUAUUUGAUCCUAGAAGAUUUUGGUAUUUCAAGGCUUAAUGACGAAUUUGCCACAGUCCACCUUCCCUCUUAACGACUCUGACAGGGUCAGAGUUCUUUAAAGCAUCUUCAGGAGGUGGUUGCCACGGAGACUAGAAACUGGUCUCGGGGACAGGCUGUGCUACCUACAGAGUGGUGGAGAGGGAAGCUGCUGGGCUUUGCUUGGGCGUUCAGCUGAGCAUCAUUAAUGUUAAUAGAGGAAAUGUAGCCCUGUCAAGAGCAAAGCAGAGCAGCUAAUUAGAUCUGAGACCCACUGACCAUCCUCACCCGUGGCUACAGCCUUUUGACUCCCCUCCUGCCCCCACACCCCAGCAGGAAGUGCAGCUUGUGCACAAAGUCUCGGCUGCCUGCUUAAUUGCAUUGCUGGCAGGGACUGGGGAGCUCUGCUCUCAUUGCCCUCCCCAACCCUUGCCUGCAGGCCCAGGCAGGGCUGGUUUCUUCUGAGCCCGGUGGGGGCACCAUGUGGGUAGAUUCUCCUGGAGAGGGGAUAUAGGAAUCUGUGCUUGGCUUUUAACAAGGUAGCCCAUGGGACAUCUAACAGGUGGCUAAUUUUCUCUUAUGCCUUAUUUCUGGAGGCACUGUUAGAGGGAAGGAACCCUAGAGUAACCCAGAGGGCAGCCUUUAGAGCCAGAGUAGGUAGCAGAGUUUAGUGGGCUCCUACGUGUCCCUCCCUUUAAUGUCACACUGAGGGCAGAAGGGUCUCUUCUUAUUUCCAAGUAUGGGAAAAAGGUGCCGCACACAGUCCCUCUUCUUCCAUACCCAAGCUGGCAGAUACUUCUAUGGGAAAAAGGCCACCUGGUCACAUCACUAAGUGCGUGUUCUAUUUGGAAGAUGGAGGGGCAGUGGGCGCUAGGGUGCUGCUUUGCGUGUGGGCUGCAGCCCUUGGGAAUUGACAGAGAUGUGGUCCAUCUCAGCCGGCUGGUAAGAAGGAAGAUGUGCCAGGCAGCCUAACACAGCCAGGGUCUUAACCCACCACACUUUGUCUUUCUUUUUUUUUUAAACUUUCCAGAGAUAAUCAGAGAUCAUUACUUUUGUAAUAAAUAACUCUUGUUUUCAAUACUA